GUUGAUUUGUUUUGUAAUUUGUGUCUCGAAGAUGGAAAACCUUAUAAAUGUUUAUUGUAGGUUUUGUGCGGAGGCUAAAUCUGAAGAAAAAACGAUAAAUUUCCUAAAAGACGAAAAUAAACAUAGCGAAGUACUGUCAAAACUCAAUUUCUUGCAUGCUAAAUACGUAGACCUAACUAACAGAGAUAACAUCUUACCCAAGACGAUGUGUUUCGUGUGCUACGAUUCGUUAAAUAAAGCCUACGAGUUUCUCGUGAGAGUAAAGGAAGCCCAGUCCAUUCUGACCACUAUAAUGCCGAGCUUGAACCGAGACAGGAGCGAGUACUCGGACGACGACGCGACGGCUCUCGACGAUCUGUUCGACAACAACGAGCCCGGCUAUGCUCCGGUCAAGGAGGAGGAUACGAAGCUAGAGCUGCAGGAGACCGCGACUGCCGGCAGCUCGCUCGCCGUGAAGAGCGAACCGCGAGACGAGGCCGACGAGCAGCUGAGCGAGGCCCUAAGCGUGGAGUACCUGCUGCAGCUCAACUCCGCGCUGUGCAACGCCUCGUACCAGUGCGCGUCCGUCUGCUUGCCGCACGAGCCGCCGGACCCGGAGAAGAGAGUCAUAACCAAGUGGAAACAUUACCCUUGGGUGUGUUCCCAGUGUGACAUUGAGUUUCUCGACAUAUCCACUCUGAGGCUCCACGCUAAGCUCACGCAUGGAAAGUGUAAUGCUUUCGCUUGUGUGGACUGUAAAAAUUUUGUGGACGGUGAUUUUGAUGCCUUUAUUAGUCACGUGAGGCGGCACAGGAGAAAAUUGAGAAAGAGAUGCGAGUACUGCGAUGAAUCUGUGGGAGCAUCCCUGUUAUCCGUCCACUGCAGAGGACACUUUCAGAACCGUCAAGUUCCAUGUAACUUCUGUGGCGAAAUUUUGAAGGAUGAGGAUAUGCUGCAGAAGCAUCUAGGAGAAGUGGGCACCACGAAACAAAAACGAAAGCCGAGGAGAAAACGAGGGACCCCUCUAACUAUAGCAGACUUGACUUGCUCCCUGUGCCAAAAGGUUUAUAAAAAUCCAAACAGCCUGAGGGAUCAUAUGAAGCUGCACACGGACAACAGAAAAAGAAACUACACCUGCGAUAGAUGCGGGAAGACAUUCUUCAACAAGGGCACUCUGACUUCGCACAUAAUGGCGCAUGAUCAGGUCCGUCCUCAUAUUUGUAUGAUUUGCAACAAAUCUUUUCUAUUUCCUAACAUGCUGAGGCGCCACGUAGAGAUGCACACCGGCAUCAAACCCUUCUCCUGUGAGCAGUGCGGCAAGUGUUUCAGGCUGCAGUAUCAGCUGAACGCUCACAAGAUCAUUCACACGGACUCCAUGCCGCACAUCUGUCAGUACUGUUCCAAAGCGUUCAGGUUUAAGCAGAUACUGAAAAAUCACGAGCGCCAACAUACGGGUGCCAAACCAUAUGCCUGCCAGAAGUGUAACAUGGAGUUCACCAACUGGUCCAAUUACAACAAGCACAUGAAGCGCCGCCAUGACCUCGACACCUCCAAGAAGAAGAUCACCCCGGAGGGGGUUUUCCCUAUCAACCCCGACACCGGGGAGCUCAUGCAUUACAAUGAUGCCAGCACAGAGGAGUGGAAGUCCAAAAUUAUGAUACCAGCAAAGAGGGGAAAGAAAAAAUGUAUCAAAAAGGAGGAAACCUAAAGGUUGUUGAACAAACUAAAAAUUAUUUUUU